AUGAAUGUUACUAGUAAAGGGUAUUAUACGUCAGAUUAUUUAAAUAAUGUUACCAGAAAUCGACAUGUUGGGCUGCCUGAUAACGAACGGAAGCAAUAUGACUACUCCAGUCGGCCAUUGAACAGAUCACAUAGUCCACGUAUAGCCACAUCUGUUUCAGGAGAUCACUCACCAAACUCAGUUAGAUCGAGAACACCUGUUGCUAGAACUAGGACGCCUUUAUCACGACCAAGAACACCCUCACAAAUGGAUGAUGCAAAAGUUGCAAGUGCUCCUGGAUCGCCUUUAUUAUCACCGACUGUCGAAAAUUUCGGUCAACAUGCUGGAAAGGUAUCAAGCACCAGUUCUGGUUCAAAGGAAGAAGUUAUCUAUGAUCCGGACUAUUUGGAGCAAGGAAUAACGCCUGCGGAGUUAAAUGUACUCCAGAAUAAGAAUUCCCGGCAUUAUUCACAUAAGGUUCCAAGAGAUAAAGCAUUGAUAAACGGAAAAGUGAUCAGACAGUCUGUGAAGUAUCCCAGGGGGGAGUAUUAUAUUAAACAGAAGCAAAGAUACGAUGAAUCGCCGUACAAACCAAAGUUUUAUACUCACAAGACCUUCCGAGAAGUGUUUGAAGAUGAGCAGGAGUUGCUGGAAAAAUAUAACCCUAUGGAAUCAGUGUUUGAUGAUCCAGAAUCGAAGAGGGAACAAGAGCAAAACCAAAUAUUUAAGAGAGCUUUUAAAACAAUACAGACUAAACUAGGCAAAGAUAACUACAAUGAAUAUGAUUAUUAUAAAAAUAAAAGCAUGUCUCCCAAUGAAAAAAGAGAUGUGUUUGUUAAUGCAGCAGGCACCAGUUCUGGUAAUGAUGACGAUGAAAAUGACUUAAACAAUAAAAUUUAUUUAACUGAAGAGGAAAGAAAACAAUUGAAGAAAAAUAAAAAUUUCAAAAAUGUGUGGAAAAGAAAGUUGAAGAAAGCUUCGAAAGAAUUAAGCAAGGAUUAUUCCAGUAAUCUUGAUUACCUGAAUGGAAGGAUAGAGAAUAUUUCAACUACUGAACCAAUAGUACUUGAACCAGAAGAGCCGAAGGAGGUAGGAAAUGCAGGCCCCGGUCCUAAGGCUGAUCCAGAAUUUCAUCCUUUAUGGAAUUAUAUACUAUCUUGGUUGGUGUAUGAUCAAACUGAAACACCAGGCUAUCAAGAGGAACCAGUAGUUAAUAAUAGCUUCAGAUCAAAAAAGAAACUGGGUAUGAAUAAGGACACCGUCAAGUUCGACUUGAGAAACAUAAAGAAAAAUUACCAAGGCGUGGUCAAUAAGUGGGGUCAACCAGCUUCUGCGUUAUUUACCAAUGGGCAAAUCCCCCAAAAUCAGAAGAGUAUAAUGAGAAGACUGGCAGGAUCAGCUCUUGCGGCCCCACCAGGAUUGCUAGAUGAUCUGUCACAAGAGUUUAUUAUUGAACUUGAUGAUGCAGAUGAUGAAGAAAGCUAUUUAGACGAAGAACUAUAUUAUGACCCCUCGAGCAGGCAGUUGCAAAGAAAUCCUCCAACCUCUUUUUCAUCGCUAUAUCCGCAAGCAAGAUUCAAUAAGCAAAGAAGAAAUUCAAUGUUGGAUUCAUCAAAGGGCCCGGUUGCUAUCAUUUCAAAUUUGAACACUCUCAUUAAGAAUAUUAAAAUAAUGAGAAUUAUUUUUGCACCCAUUGAUAUUAUUGCUAUGAAUUUUCCCAACUUGCAGACAUUAGUUAUAAUGAUUGAACUAGUGAUCUUUUUGUGGCUCCUUUAUGAAUUGAGUCUCUUGAUUGAUGCAUUAUGUAUGAUGGUAAAAGCUGUAUGCGCACCUAUGAUUGCAAUGGGACGAUUCAUGAACAGAAUUAUGUAA